CAUCAUCUUUACGCAAACUUCACGCAAAAACUCAAAUCUCCAUAUCUUCCGUCUUUUCAGUUACAUGUAAGUUCGGGGCCGACGUCGCUAGCAAAUUUUUCCCACGUAAAAAAGAAGCUCCUCCCAGACGGCACUCCAGAUAUUCGUAUAAUCAAAGAUAUCGAUUGCGUCAUCCAAAACCAAUUGAGUUGCAAAAUUUAAGGUAACAUCGAUAGCACACCUCGAACUCAUAAAUCCCUCCUCCUAAAACCAUCUUCCAACAUUUAAAAAAUGGCUACCGAGAACUGCAAGGAGGUGGAGGUGGUCGAGGACCAAGAAGCGCCACUCGAUGGGGACAUAUUAGAAGAAAUCCUCUCGCACGUGCCACUCAUUGACCUCGUCCCCGCCUCCCACGUGUCCAAGUCCUGGAAAUCCGCCGUAUUCUCAUCCCUCCACCGGUCUACCACCACCACUAACAAUAAACUCAACCAAUGGCUCAUCGUCCAUAAGCAGAGAGUCCGAUCCCCUUACCACACCACCACACACGCUUACGACCCGAGAUCGCACGUGUGGAUCGAAAUCACCCCGCCACCUUCGAUCGGCCACGUGUCCAUCCUCCAUUCCUCCCACUCCACCCUCCUCUACUCGCUCUCCCCAUCGAGCCUCUCCUUCUCCUCCGACCCCCUGCAUCUCACGUGGCACCACGCCGCCCCUCCGACUACAUGGCGGUCCGACCCGGUCGUCGCCGCCGUCGGCCGCCACGUUAUCAUCGCCGGUGGCGGCUGCGACUUCGAGGACAAUCCGCUCGCCGUCGAGAUCUACGACGUCAAGUCCCGCACGUGGGACCGCACAUGCGGCUCCGUGCCGGCAAAUCUCAAGGACUCCUCGUCGUCCACGUGGCUUUCCAUCGCCACUAACAACACAAAGCUUUUUAUAAUGGAGAAACAAUCCGGUGCCACGCAUGCGUUUGAGCCGGACACAAAAACCUGGUCUGGACCGUUCGAUCUACGUCCAGACCCACGUAUUUGUUACUCCGUUAUCGCGUUUUCUAACGACCGUCUGAUCUUAAUCGGGUUAAUCGGGGACGUGGAUGGGUUAAAAGGAGUGAAAAUGUGGGGGGUAAAUUGCGACACAUUUGAGUGUGAAGGACUGAUUGGAGAGAUGCCGUUGGAGUUGGUUGCGAAACUGAAGAGAGAGAAUUUUAGUGUUUGUGUAGGGGGGAGUGUAGUGUAUGCGUAUGAUCCUGAAGGGGAGGAGGAAGUGAUCUGGUGUGAGUUGGGUGCGGGCGGGUGCAGGUGGGGGAGCGUGCGGUGUGCGGUUGCGAUUGAGCGGAAUCGGAUGGAGAGGUUGGUGUUUACGUGCUCGACGGUUGGGAUUGAGGAUGUGGAGAAGGCGAUGAGGUGGGGUAACAGGAGGUUUAGGCCUUUACAGUGGUAGGGGGUUUGGAUUUCCGAUUAUUUUUAAAAAUUUUGAAUUUUUGGGCGUAAAUUACAGUGUUUUAGAAUAUGAGUAACAAUAAUGUGCAAAAGAGUAGAGUGUAAAUUUGUAUUGAGAAUGUAAAAAGCUCUAUUUGUAGAGUGUAAAUUUGUAGAGUGUAAAUUUAAUCUUUUAUCAGAGAUUAAAUUCUUUUCAUCUUAAGGCUCUAUUUGUUUGGAGAUAAAAUAUUUUCUGAUAAAAUAUUUCAUCUAAUUUUUCG